CCUCCCUCCCCACAAAGCAGAUCCCUCGUGAGGACGAAAUCUAGAGGUGGAGGCGAAAGCAGAAAUGGCCGGUUCUCAGGGACAACUGACCUUCAGGGAUGUGGCCAUAAAAUUCUCUGAGGAGGAGUGGGGAUGCCUGACCCACACUCAGCGGCAACUGUACCGGGAUGUGAUGUUGGAGAACUACGGACACCUCCUCUUCUUGGGUCUCACUGUGUCAAAGCCAGACCUGAUCAUGUUUUUGGAGCAAGGGAAGCAGCUCUGGGAUGUGAAGAGAAAGGAAACCAUAGGCUUCCAUCCAGCUGUAACUUCACAUGAGACCCAGAGUUACCUGCUAGAGUGUAGCAUAGAAGGUUCUUUCCAGAACUGGUCAACGCACAGAUACAAAGAUCAUGCUGUUGAGAUUUUAUACUUAUGCACAGACUGGGACAAUGCUGGGGAGAGGGAAGUGCCUCAAAGAAAUCCUGGACGAUACACCCAAACCAAGGAAAUGGCCCUUAAUGAGAAUGUCAAUACCCUAAAUGGUGAAGGAUAUAAACCGCUGCAGAAAGCCUCCCUUUUUAAGUCAACUGUUUCUGCAGAGCAGUGUGUUUCUGUCAGCACAACCUCCAAUCAGAUAGGCAACCAUAGCGAUUUGGGGACAGACCACUUGGAACAUCUGGAAAGUAACCUAGUCCAUGCUGAGAGUAAUGAUUUGAGCCACUUGGAAAAUAGGAUUGGUCUGACUUUAAAUCAGAGAUUUGGAAAUGAACAAAGUCCUCAGUGGGAUUCAUAUGAGAGGGACUUCACUGAGGAGUCGACCCUACAGUAUGACCAAAGGCUUUUCACUGGAGACAGAAUUACUCAAUGCACUGAAUCAUUGAAAACAUUGAACCAGGGCUCCAGUGUUCACCGAUGUGUCAGGGCUAGGUUUGCAGAGAACCAUUAUGAAUGUGAUAAAUGUGGGAAAGGCUUUCAUCCAAGCUCUAACUUCAGUAUACAUAAUGGUGACCAUUUGGGAGACAGUCUUCAUAAAGAUAAUGAAUGUGGGAAAGCUCAUAACCAGUCCUCCAGUGUUGCUGAUCAUCAGAGAAUUCAUGAGGGAAAAAGCCCAUUCACAUCUAAUAAACCAGGGACCAUGUUUAGUCAGUCCUCAAGCCUAAACAUCAAUGAGAUAAUUCCUCAGGGAGAGAAAACUUACAUCUUUAAGGAAUGUGGUAAAUCCUUUGACUGCCACUCAACACUAUCUCAACAUCAGCGAAUGCAUACUGGAGAAAAUGUAUACAAAUGCGAAGAAGCUGGUCAAAGUUUUAAGGACUGUUUAUCAACAAAUGGACAUUCGCAGAUCUAUUCUGGAAAGAAACCCUGCAAAUGUCAAGAAUGUGGCAAGGCUUUUAAUAAUCACUCAAGUCUUAAUAGACCGCACCAAAUUCAUAUUGCAGGGAAAAAUUACAACUGUAAUGAAUGUGCCAAAGCCUUUACAUCAUUGUCAAAACUUAUUCAACAUCAGAGAAUUCAUAGUGGAGAUAAACCUUACCAGUGUCAACAGUGUGGCAAAAGGUUUAACCACAGCUCAAGCCUUACUCGACAUCACAGAAUUCAUACUGGAGCAAAACCUUACCAAUGUCAAGACUGUGGCAAGACCUUCAAGAGGAGGUCACAUCUUUGUCAACAUCACAACCUUCAUAACGCAGAGAAACCUUACCAAUGUCAAGAAUGUGGCAAGAGCUUUAACUUGAGGUCAUCCCUUUUUCAACAUCACAGAAUUCAUACUGGAGAGAAACCAUACCAAUGUCAAAAAUGUGGCAAGAGCUUUAACCAGAGGUCAUCCAUUAUUCCACAUCACAGAACUCAUACUGGAGAGAAAUCUUAUAAAUGUCAUGAAUGUGGUAAGGCCUAUGCCGUCCGUUCACAACUUAUUAGACAUAACAAAAUUCAUACUGGAGAGAAACCUUACCAAUGUCAAGAAUGUGGCAAGGCCUUUAUCCACAACUCAAAACUUCUAGAACAUCACAGAAUUCAUACUGGAGAGAAACCUUACCAAUGUCAAGAAUGUGGCAAGGCCUUUUGUGACAGGUCAUCCCUUACUCAACAUCACAGAAUUCAUACUGGAGAGAAACCUUACCAAUGUCAAAAAUGUGGGAAGAGCUUUAACCGGAGCUCAUACCUUAUUGAACAUCACAGAAUUCAUACUGGAGAGAAACCUUACCAAUGUCAAAAAUGUGGGAAGAGCUUUAACCGGAGCUCAUACCUUAUUGAACAUCACAGAAUUCAUACUGGAGAGAAACCUUACCAAUGUAAAAAAUGUGGGAAGAGCUUUAACCGGAACACAUACCUUAUUCAACAUCACAGAAUUCAUACUGGAGAGAAACCAUACCAAUGUCAAAAAUGUGGGAAGAGCUUUAACCGGAACUCCUACCUUAUUCAACAUCAAACAAUUCAUACUGAAGAGAAACCAUACCAAUGUCAAAAAUGUGGCAAGAGCUUUAACCGGAGGUCAUCCCUUAUUCUACAUCACAAAACUCAUACUGGAGAGAAAUCUUAUAAAUGUCAUGAAUGUGGUAAGGCCUAUGCCGUCCGUUCACAACUUACUAGACAUCACAAAAUUCAUACUGGAGAGAAACCUUACCAAUGUCAAGAAUGUGGCAAGGCCUUUAUCCACAACUCAAAACUUCUAGAACAUCACAGAAUUCAUACUGGAGAGAAACCUUACCAAUGUCAGGAAUGUGGCAAGGCCUUUACCAGGAGGUCAGAUCUUUCUCAGCAUCAGAAAAUUCAUACUGGAUAGAAACCUUACCAA